AUGCACUUCCUCCCCCCUCUCCCCCUCCCCCUAACCCUCACCCUCCUCCUCACCACCCUCCUCCUCCUCCACCCCCACCCCACCCACGCCAACGACCACGACCACGACGACAACGACAACGACGACAUCGACCUCUCCCCCUCCGACAUCCCAACCCCCUGCUGGCCCAUCUGCGGCGAAGCAGUCAGCACAACCGAAGGCUGCGACCACCAAUACCACGAUUCCUCGUCGGCCGAAAUCUCCUGCAUCUGCAACUGGACCCAAGCACGCACUCUCCUUCCGCUCUGCGAAGCCUGUGUUGCCAAUUAUCGGGCUGAGCAUGGGCAUGGGGAUAGGCAUGAUAAUGAUGUAUAUACGAUUUUAUCCUCCUGCUCGUUAUCCACCACAACUUGGAACGCCGCGGCCGCGACUUCCGUCGUGAGUGAGGUUAGUCGUACGGCUGGUGCCACCAGUACGGCGAGUUCGGAGGGGGCGGCGGAGAGUCGGUCUAGUACGACUAGUUCUGGUUCGGGUUCGGGUUCUUCGACAGGGAGGGGAAGUGCGCAGGCGACCGGGAAUGGGGCGUCAGGGAUGGGAGGGUCGGCGGGUGGGUUGGUUGCGGUGGUGAUUUCGUUGGGGGUUGGGGUGGGGAUUUUGUAA